AUGUCGGAAUCCAACUACAAAAAUUCGUUGCUUCAAAUUACUUUACCUACAUUAACCUCUUUCAACGAAUAUCAUAGAGAAUUAAUCGAAUCGGCAGUUAAUUGCUCUUCAGAAUCUUUAACUAUUCAUGUAUCUUGUCAAAAAAUUGAAAUUUACAGGAAUUAUCCAGUAGAGUACUGGACCGAGUUUCAUGAUCUAUUAAACUUUUUAUAUUUAUCAGGAACCAAGGUUUCUUAUGAUAAUUUAAAACAUUUUCUUGAAAUUGACAUAAUUUUUGAAAAAUGGAAUGGUUAUAAUAUUGAAUUAGUCAAGGAAAAGAAUUUUGAUGUAUUUUUUGGAAGCAAAGCAGAACAAUCACGAUUACAAGAGUUCAAUGAUAAUCGCAAAAAAGCUUCAUUAUCUGAUGUACAUAUCCUUAUCUUUGAUACUAAAACAUCACCAAAAAAUAUUAUGUAUGAUCAAAAUUUUGAAGAUCGCAAAAAAUUUAAUGAGAAUCCGAAAAAACUAUAUCAAACUGCUAUCGUUGGAGGAACUUUUGACCAUUUGCAUGCGGGGCAUAAAAUUUUAUUAACCAUGACGGCGUGGAUUUCUGGUGAAAAAAUGAUUUGUGGUGUCACCGAUGACUGUAUGCUUAAAACCAAAAAGUUCAAAGAGUUCUUGGAACCAAUCAAUAUCCGAAUAACAAAAGUCUUAAAAUUUUUAAAUGCAAUCCAUCAAGGUUUGUUAUAUGAGGUUGUGCCAAUAUAUGAUAUUUAUGGUCCAACCAUAUCUGAACCAUCCAUUCAAGCUCUUGUUGUUUCUAAAGAAACUAUGUCAGGAUCCGGGCUUAUAAAUGAAGAGCGGCAAAAACGAGGUUUCGAAACUUUAAACAUUUUUGUCAUUGAAGUGAUAUCUUCGUCUAAUCCAUCUCUUAAGGAGGAUCUUAAAGAUCAUAAAUUAAGCUCGACAUACUUGCGUGAAUUGUGCAAAAAUUCAAAAUCAAAAUAG